UUUGAACUUGCAACCGAGGCAGAGUGGAGGAGACUCCUAGUUGAUGACCGAGCAGACUGCGCUCCGAAGAGAGAGGAAAAGAGAGCGCUAUAACAGCUGGGACCAAAACAUCUGUGCGCUAAUCUACUCUUCUGGACCUUGUUCUGGGACUGGAACCCGGGCUCUUUGGAAGCCAGAUCGAAUACUUACUUGAUGGAUAUCAGGACCCAAGGUUUUGUAGAGAUGUUGCAUCUCAGGCACCUGCUCUGUCUGGUGUUUCUUUGUCGUGCGUUCGCUGAACAAGAUCCAUCAUGGAGGAUGAAGGUAGAGAAGGCUGCCCCCGCUAGUGGCUCUCUGGCUGGCAGGGUGGUGCUACCAUGCCACUUCUCCAUCACCCCCACCACCCACAACCCUAGCACACAGGGCCCAGAGGACCAGCUGAGGAUCAAGUGGACAAAGCUGGAGGAAGAUGGGGAGAGUGUGGUGCUGGUGGCCCAGGGAGGAGUGAUCAAGGUGGAGCAGGAGUACAAGGGCAGGGUGUCGGUGCCCAACCACCCCCAGGCAUUAGGCGACGCCUCACUGAUCGUUGCCCGCCUGAGGGCUAGCGACGCUGGGCUGUACCGCUGCGAGGUCAUGCAUGAGAUGGAGGACACCCAGGAUACUGUUCAUCUCAAUGUCAGCGGUGUGGUGUUCCACUACAGGUCUGCUUCUAGCCGCUAUACCUUUUCCUUUCCCGGGGCCGUUGGCGCGUGUCGCGCGGCCGGGGCAACCAUCGCUACGGCCGAACAGCUGACUGCCGCCUUCGAGGACGGACUGGACCAAUGUGACGCCGGCUGGAUGGCCGACCAGACAGUCAGAUACCCAAUCACGAAGCCCCGUCCUGGUUGCAUGGGCGAUAUGAUGCACAGGCCUGGGAUCAGGACGUAUGGGCUCAGAGACCCUAAAGAGACCUACGACGUCUACUGUUACGCAGACCAACUACACGGUGAGGUGUUCUAUGCUCCUAUCCGUUACAAGCUGACCCUUCGCCAGGCUAAGCGCGCGUGCGAGACGCAGGGGGCGGUGCUCGCCUCCCCUGGCAACCUGUUCGCCGCGUGGCGCGGAGGCCUGGAUCGCUGUGACUACGGCUGGCUGUCAGACGGGAGCGCCCGCUACCCCAUCUCGGUCCCCAGGCCCCAGUGUGGAGGAGGGCUGCUGGGGGUCCGGACUCUGUACCGAUUCCCCAACCAGACUGGCUUCCCCAAACCUAUUGACAGACAUGGAGCGUUCUGCUUCAAGGGUAAGGAACCAGAGAUCCCCCCUCCUGGACCUGUGACGACCACGGAUGCUCGCAGGACAGACACGGCCACAGAUGAACCUCGCACUACCUACCACGCAGGCGGACCAAACCUUACAGGCUCAACUCCCGCAGACAGAGCUGACCGCACAGCUGCAGACAAACCACACCAAACAACUGGCCAAGACAGAAGUGAGCAUACAGGUGGACCACACGAUACCGCUUAUACAGGCACAGUCCGACAUUACACUGCCACUGACGGAACACACACCGCCAAAGACGAGCAUCGCACCACUGACCGCGAGACGACAGGCAAAGACAGAACUACCCAGGUAGGAGACAGAACGACAGACCAAAAGACAGACUUCUCUGUUGGUACCACUCAGUUCCCUGAGUACGAUGGGGAGGACUUUGUCCCAGACCUAACCAAGGUAGAGUCAUUGCCCCCCAUGGGUGAUCCCCUGCUCCCCCUGCAGCUGCCCCCUCUCCCCACCAUCCGUUCCCAGCCCACCCGCCCCCAACUAGACAUCAACCAGGGGGGAGACAAGGAAGAGGGGGAGGUUCAGACAGGCUCAGGCAGGGGGGAGAGCAGUGGGAGUGGGGAGGGGAGCAGUAGUGAUGGGGAGAGUGAGGGGGAUGACCGGGGAGUGAUGACUCCCACACAGGGCUUCACGGCAGUCACAGGACUGGGGUCGGACCCCUCACGCCCAGGACAACCAGGGUACCCAGGACAUCCAAAGGGGUAUCCAGGGUUGGUCACCCCAGAGCAUGGCCCAUCAGGUGGGGACAAAGUGACAGGACAGCAGCCUGCUGUGGUCUACAAGGAGGAGGAGGGCAAGAGCUCUAGAACAACAACCCACAGCCAACCAGGAGCCACGGAAUCAUACGGCAUGGACAAAUCGGUGGCUACCCAUGAGGAGGCCUCGCCCACCAAACCACCAAUCCACCUCAUCAUCGUCGACGUGCACGACCGGAACCAAUCAGUGGACCACAUCCUGCAGAUUCUGGGACACCCUUUAGGGGGUAAUGGAGAUUUCCAGUCCCCUCUCAUCCCAGCCUUCCCAGUUACCCAGAGUGAGGCCAUUCGCGGCAGUGAGGACUCUGACGGCAUGCAUCCCAUCCCUUUUCCCCCAACGCUCAGCUUCAUCAACGGGAAACACCAGCAGGAGGCUAGAGGAGACCAGUUUGAGAUGGCCACACCAGUCUAUGGUGAACUGGGAGGAGAGAUGGAGCAAGGAGAGGAGAAAAGCCCCACUCCCUUUGACUAUGACUCCAUCCAUACUGGAGAGACCAGCCAGUCCACUGCUACAGACACAGACGGAGAUACAAACAGACACACAGAGGAAGACACGGACAGAGGCACAGGCAGAGACAGGACAGGAAAGACGGAGAGCUCCAAUGGAACAACCCCUAAUUCCCAACACACAUCCCCAGUCUCUUCACCAGUCUCAGCCUCAUCCUCUGGUUCCCCCCAUACUUCCCCAGAUGGCGUCUCGCCUGACGAGGACAUGGAAGGGUCAGGCGGCCGUACCCAGGAGGGCUCAGCAGAAGACACCCGACCCACCCCCGCCUCAGACAGCCAAUCAGGCGUGGUCACAGACGAGACGGAGAUUGGAGGGGCGGAGAGUGUCACACACGCCCCGUCUCAUACACACUCUGCUCACACUAAGGACACAAACACUAUUGAUACUUACACCAAGGACACACACACUCCAUCGCACGCACACUCUACUCGCACUAAGGACACAAACACUAUUGAUACUGACACCAAGGACACACACACUACAUCACAGACAGAGGCAGGAGACUUCGAGGGGUCUUCAUCGGCAGAAGAGGAAGGCUCGGCACAGGAGGUGUACCCACCUGAAGACCCCAGAUACACUAGCCCCGGCGGUCCUGGAGCCAUCGAAGCUCCCCCGGUGGGGCCUGGGGUUGAGGGACAGGUGACUGUUACACCCAAACCAGAAGUCAGACCAGGAACCAUGCCAACCCAGGCAGGAGAGACUGUAGGACACCACCCUGGACAUCACACAGACUCUUCUACACAGCACAGAGACCACUCCCGCCAACCUGCCACACAGGAGAAAGAUCUCUCCACUCAUACUAAAGCUCAGACCAGACACCCCUCUUCAGAUGGGAAGGACCAAACCAAUCAGCAUAACACACACGAUAGCAAUCACUCCACAGACACUCAGGAUGGAUCCAUGUACCCUCCUACACAAACCACCCAGCAUCCAACACACGUUAGGGAUCCCACCAAGAACCAGACCACAUACCAUAGAGAUCACUCCACCCACACUAAGGACCAAACAGAACAGCCCUCUCACCCUAGAUUCCCCCCCACCCACCAUAAGAACCAAACCAGUCACUCUACUACAGAUCAGAAGACCCCACAGCACCUGAACCAAACACACACACCCCCUGCACACACCUCCACUCCACCUCCCUCCCGCCCCAUCCACGACUGGGCCCAGACCCCCCAGACCCCCCAGACCCCCCGGCCUGAGGGAGAGGAGUUUGUGGAUUAUGACCGGGCGAUUGGUCCUCCUCUGCUGGAGGCCGGCCCCCAUGCUCCUAAAGAACCUCAGACCACAUACCAACCUGAAACAGGAACUGACUACUACAUCGUGGACCAGACUGUCGAUGUCAGAGGACUGCAGCAGUGCACAGUGAAUGUGUGUUUGAACAAAGCAUCCUGCUACCAGAGAGGCAGAGCCAGCAUCUGUGUGUGUCCAACUGGAUACACUGGACAGCGCUGCGAGACAGAUGUUGAUGAAUGCCAGUCCAACCCAUGUCGUAAUGGAGCCACCUGUAUGGACGGAGUCAACUCCUUCACCUGUUUGUGUCUACCCAGCUACACAGGAGGGCUCUGUGAACAAGGAACAAGACCAGGAACCAGACCUGGAACCAUGCCAACCCUGGCAGGAGAGACUGUAGGAGACCACCCUGGACAUCACACAGACUCUUCUACGCAGCACAGAGACCACUCCCGCCAACCUGCCACACAGGAGAAAGAUCUCUCCACUCAUACUAAAGCUCAGACCAGACACCCCUCUACAGAUGGGAAGGACCAAACCAAUCAGCAUAACACACACGAUAGCAAUCACUCCACAGACACUCAGGAUGGAUCCAUGUACCCUCCUACACAAACCACCCAGCAUCCAACACACGUUAGGGAUCCCACCAAGAACCAGACCACAUACCAUAGAGAUCACUCCACCCACACUAAGGACCAAACAGAACAGCCCUCUCACCCUAGAUUCCCCCCCACCCACCAUAAGAACCAAACCAGUCACUCUACUACAGAUCAGAAGACCCCACAGCACCUGAACCAAACACACACACCCCCUGCACACACCUCCACUCCACCUCCCUCCCGCCCCAUCCACGACUGGGCCCAGACCCCCCGGCCUGAGGGAGAGGAGUUUGUGGAUUAUGACCGGGCGAUUGGUCCUCCUCUGCUGGAGGCCGGCCCCCAUGCUCCUAAAGAACCUCAGACCACAUACCAACCUGAAACAGGAACUGACUACUACAUCGUGGACCAGACUGUCGAUGUCAGAGGACUGCAGCAGUGCACAGUGAAUGUGUGUUUGAACAAAGCGUCCUGCUACCAGAGAGGCAGAGCCAGCAUCUGUGUGUGUCCAACUGGAUACACUGGACAGCGCUGCGAGACAGAUGUUGAUGAAUGCCAGUCCAACCCAUGUCGUAAUGGAGCCACCUGUAUGGACGGAGUCAACUCCUUCACCUGUUUGUGUCUACCCAGCUACACAGGAGGGCUCUGUGAACAAGGAACAAGACCAGGAACCAGACCUGGAACAAGACCAGGAACCAGACCAGGAACCAUGCCAACCCUGGCAGGAGAGACUGUAGGAGACCACCCUGGACAUCACACAGACUCUUCUACACAGCACAGAGACCACUCCCGCCAACCUGCCACACAGGAGAAAGAUCUCUCCACUCAUACUAAAGCUCAGACCAGACACCCCUCUACAGAUGGGAAGGACCAAACCAAUCAGCAUAACACACACGAUAGCAAUCACUCCACAGACACUCAGGAUGGAUCCAUGUACCCUCCUACACAAACCACCCAGCAUCCAACACACGUUAGGGAUCCCACCAAGAACCAGACCACAUACCAUAGAGAUCACUCCACCCACACUAAGGACCAAACAGAACAGCCCUCUCACCCUAGAUUCCCCCCCACCCACCAUAAGAACCAAACCAGUCACUCUACCACAGAUCAGAAGACCCCACAGCACCUGAACCAAACACACACACCCCCUGCACACCCCUCCACUCCACCUCCCUCCCGCCCCAUCCCCGACUGGGCCCAGACCCCCCGGCCUGAGGGGGAGGAGUUUGUGGAUUAUGACCGGGCGAUUGGUCCUCCUCUGCUGGAGGCCGGCCCCCAUGCUCCUAAAGAACCUCAGACCACAUACCAACCUGAAACAGGAACUGACUACUACAUCGUGGACCAGACUGUCGAUGUCAGAGGACUGCAGCAGUGCACAGUGAAUGUGUGUUUGAACAAAGCGUCCUGCUACCAGAGAGGCAGAGCCAGCAUCUGUGUGUGUCCAACUGGAUACACUGGACAGCGCUGCGAGACAGAUGUUGAUGAAUGCCAGUCCAACCCAUGUCGUAAUGGAGCCACCUGUAUGGACGGAGUCAACUCCUUCACCUGUUUGUGUCUACCCAGCUACACAGGAGGGCUCUGUGAACAAGGAACAAGACCAGGAACCAGACCUGGAACAAGACCAGGAACCAGACCAGGAACCAUGCCAACCCUGGCAGGAGAGACUGUAGGAGACCACCCUGGACAUCACACAGACUCUUCUACACAGCACAGAGACCACUCCCGCCAACCUGCCACACAGGAGAAAGAUCUCUCCACUCAUACUAAAGCUCAGACCAGACACCCCUCUACAGAUGGGAAGGACCAAACCAAUCAGCAUAACACACACGAUAGCAAUCACUCCACAGACACUCAGGAUGGAUCCAUGUACCCUCCUACACAAACCACCCAGCAUCCAACACACGUUAGGGAUCCCACCAAGAACCAGACCACAUACCAUAGAGAUCACUCCACCCACACUAAGGACCAAACAGAACAGCCCUCUCACCCUAGAUUCCCCCCCACCCACCAUAAGAACCAAACCAGUCACUCUACCACAGAUCAGAAGACCCCACAGCACCUGAACCAAACACACACACCCCCUGCACACACCUCCACUCCACCUCCCUCCCGCCCCAUCCACGACUGGGCCCAGACCCCCCGGCCUGAGGGGGAGGAGUUUGUGGAUUAUGACCGGGCGAUUGGUCCUCCUCUGCUGGAGGCCGGCCCCCAUGCUCCUAAAGAACCUCAGACCACAUACCAACCUGAAACAGGAACUGACUACUACAUCGUGGACCAGACUGUCGAUGUCAGAGGACUGCAGCAGUGCACAGUGAAUGUGUGUUUGAACAAAGCGUCCUGCUACCAGAGAGGCAGAGCCAGCAUCUGUGUGUGUCCAACUGGAUACACUGGACAGCGCUGCGAGACAGAUGUUGAUGAAUGCCAGUCCAACCCAUGUCGUAAUGGAGCCACCUGUAUGGACGGAGUCAACUCCUUCACCUGUUUGUGUCUACCCAGCUACACAGGAGGGCUCUGUGAACAAGACACGGAGGUGUGUGAGUAUGGCUGGCAGAAGUUCCAGAGCCAGUGUUAUAAGCACAUCACCCACCGUCGCACCUGGGACACUGCCGAGAGGGAGUGCCGUCUCCACGGAGCCCACCUCGUCAGUGUCCUGUCACAGGAGGAGCAGCUGUAUGUCAACGGUCUGGGCCAUGACUACCAGUGGAUCGGUCUAAACGACAAGAUGUUUGAGAGAGACUUCCGCUGGACUGACGGCAGCAUCAUGCAAUAUGAGCACUGGCGUCCCAACCAGCCAGACAGUUUCUUCCAGUCUGGAGAGGACUGUGUGGUGAUGAUCUGGCACGAGGGAGGACAGUGGAAUGACGUACCCUGCAACUACCACCUCACCUUCACCUGCAAGAAGGGCACAGUCUCUUGCAGCCAGCCACCAGUAGUGAAGGAUGCUCGUGUGUUUGGUUUUAUGAAGCCUCGUUAUGAGAUCAACACUCUGAUUCGUUACCACUGUAAAAACGGCUUCAUACAGAGAUACCCCCCCACCAUCCGCUGCCGUGACAACGGCCAAUGGGACAGCCCCAAGAUCACCUGCAUGAGCCCCGCUACCUACCAGAAGUCUUUCGCUUCUAGGAAACACACCGACAAUCACAAUCAUAACCAGAAUCAGUACAAUCACAAUAAUCACAACCAGUUCAACUAUCAAAACCAACAAUACAACAGCCAAAACAAUCAAGACCAACAGAAGACCAACAACCAAAAGCAAAAACAGCAGAGCGAGAGGAGACAUCAACACUAAUCUGAUCUCUGGUCAGUCCUUAAAAGCGCAGAUACGGUUGCAAAUUUCUGGAUUUCUGGAAAAUGUGGGAAUUUCUGAGAAAAUGUACAGUUAUUCUGCAUCCCUAAUCCCAGAGCAACUCAGAUCAGAUCACAUCCAACGGGCUAGCUAGAACCCAUAGAUAUACAUAUAUAUAUAUGUGUAUAUAUAUGUGUGUGUAUGUAUAUGUAUGUCAAUUUGUAUGUCAAUUUAUCUGGAUAGGGGCAUGGGAUUAUUUCACAAGGUUUAGUCAUAAUCAGCAAGCUAACUCUGAUAAACUCUGAUAAAACACUUUUCUAGUUUAUAAACAGGUGUUAGGAACAUUGUUACAGAGAGUAUUGAGUCCAUUUCAAAUUCAACCAGGACAAAUUUAAGUUUCAGAAUAUUUAUUUAAGUUAGCUGGCUAACUCGAUUUUGACCUUGCUUCGUGAAAUCCAACCCCGGAUCACUUCUAAUUCUUCCUACAACCGUGACACCACAGUGCCUUAAUGGUUAACACAGUGUCCAAUGUCCAUCUCCAGAACUGGAGAACUUGACCGCUUCUGCUCUAGAGAUGGACACAUCUCAAUCCAGCGCCUUCUGAACAUUUCCCCCUCUCCCUGUUUCUUUACCCCAUAGAAAUAAUCCACUAAAAAUAACAGACGUAAAACCCCCAUUGUUUUGUUGGCGACACGUUUGCAAUUUUCCCAUGAAAGAGCCCAUUAAGUUAAAGGAACAUGAAUUGUUACGUUGUUUCCAAUAUUUGCAAUGCUUUUUUCCCCCCUUCUCUCUCUCUCUCUCACAGAACGUGAGACGAAGAGCCACUCGUUUAUCACAAUCUUCGGUCAGUCACUUUAUUUGAAAAGUCACCAUGAAGUGAAAUCUGUCUCAUUAACGACUGUUGCCGUAUGGUGCACACAGUAGGACUCCUAUCAGGGACGAGCUCAAUCAGUUCCUUAUAGGAGAGGACAUGACGAGAGGUCUGUGUCAGACGUGACAGGUCACCUCCUUCAGUGGCGCUCCAGCAUAUACAAACGCAUCCGCCGACGUCUUCUCCUUAAAGGCAAUGGGUUUUUUAAAGGGAAUGGGCUUCGUACGCUUAACCAAUUUUCUUAUUGUUAUGUGUGCAAUGACACAUGGGAGAAGAGAGAGUGCAAUGAGUGUCAGGUCUUGUAGGUGAGAAAAGUUAUGUAAGAAGCUGUGGCCGUUUAAUUUAUUGCAUAUGUUACACCUAUACACGGCCUGUGAUACUGUUCAACUGAAGUGGCUAUUGUAAGGGUGACUUGUUUGGCUGUUUCCAGACAUCUGCCAUGCAUAGAAGGAAUCUUGUCUUACAUCAUGUGGCCUUCCCAUAUUCUGUUUAGUAAAGUUCUACUACGAUCCAGAUAUCUGAGCUGUGAUGGCGCUGUUCAGGGGGAUGACUUGUACCUGCGAGUCACCACAAACUGCUCUCAACAGAGGCGACUUUGAGAAGCAUUCCAAGGCACUUGAGCUAUGACCAUUUAUUCAGAAAUGCCACAAAUAAUGAUUCUUCCCCCGAGGACAGAAAGGACUGGGUGAAGAAACAGCAUUGGAAGUUGGUAGCCUAGGGCCUCUGUUCUUCAGUUAGGAUUCUGGUUCAUGUGUCUUCUUUGUUUACUGCUUUCAUCUGUUCUGUCUUCUCUCCCUGUAUGUGUUCUAUCAUAGUGUUUUAUCAUCCAAAUGAUGUGUGUUUCUACCCCAGAGAGUGUGGGAUAUGCUGUAUCGGGGGGGUGAAUACUUUGUCGGUUUUUAUGUUCUUGUAUCUGUUGUGUAUGUCCCCAAAAACCCACUAAUACUGUACCUAUACACCAUCCUGUGCUCCCAUCUCACCUUGCGCUGACUGUGCAAUAAAAAUAAAUACGAAUAAACCGA